AUGUCAAGACCUCCGGUCCCUCUUAUCGAAUCUCCAAAAGCCAGCACUCCACCACCUAAACAACCAACUCCACCACCAUCUGAACAACCACAAAAUCCACCACCUGAACAACCCACAACACCACCCUCUAAAACUCCAUUUGCACCACCUUCUGAACACCUUAUUUUCCCUACCUCUCAACCUCUCGUUGACAUUACCCAAACCCCACCAGAAUCUUCAUCCCCCAACUCUGAACCAAAACCUACCUUCCCCACCCUAGAAGAAGCAAUCUCUUUAUUUGCUGAGUCUUCAGUGGAGAAUAUCAGAUCUCUAUCUAAAAAUUGUGGUAUUAGUGAUGAUCCCUCUACAAUAAGGAUUCACUGGAACAGAGUGAUCAGAUGGAUGACGUCUGAGGCUUUCAAACUGAAAAGCCUCUCUGAACAAGUCCGCAACAACUUUAUCAAAGAAGUUGGAGAAAGACUACAAGCACAACUGGUCAGAGAGGCAGCUAAAAAGGACAAAAGAGAAGGAGAAGAGAAAGCUCAUCUGGAAGAAGAGCAACAGGUUAGAGAAGCUGCAGAGAAGGUUGUUGCUGAAGCUGAAGCAAAAGCAAAAGUUGACGCUGAAGAGACAGCACGCAUAGUUGCGGAAGAAGCUGCAAAGGCUAGCACUAAUGUUGUGGUUCAAGGGGAGCAAUCAAACUCUGGCUUCGCUCCUCUGGUCCUGAAUACUUUGGAAGAACUGCAAAAGGAGCAACAGAUAAUGCAAGCAAGAUUGGAUCACCAGGACUCCGUUAACAAUAAUAUUUAG